CCGUGACGUUCCAGAGCUGUGGCAGAAUCGAUUCUCAUCCGCGAGGUCGUUUGCGAAAAAAUGUCUUGGAUAUGGAACCCAGACGGUGAUGCCCCCAAGCCACUAACAGAGGAAAAUAUGGUACAGGACCCAUCAGAUCCUACCAGAAAGGUGACCAAGAAAGCCGCCAAUCAACCCUUCUUGGCCCAUAAGCAAUAUAGAGAGAAGCAGGAACAGGAGCACCAAGCGUGGCUUCAAAGAAAUCGCGAGCGCGAGGAAAAACUCGCCAGAGGAGAAGAAGUAGGUCCUGUGGAGGCGGAUCCCACUGCCGAGCAGGAAGUGGGGUUCCUUGGGUUGCUAAAGUUUAUUGUAUACUUGAUUCUCUUUGUCGUCAUCGCGGGCAAGUUCUUCACUGGCAGCUUCCUGUGGGAAUACGAUGGAAAGUGGGCGCGGUUGAAGACCUAUUGGCCAGAAAAUAGUGGGCGUCUCUUCUCAGAAACAUAUUUGGCAACAUUUGAUGGAAGUGACCCAACAAAACCCCUGUAUCUUGCGAUUGAUGGUGACGUAUUUGAUGUCUCGAGUAGUAGCAGGACGUAUGGGCCAGGAGGUCCUUACCACCAUAUGGUCGGAGUGGACGCAGCCAGGUCAUUUGGUACAGGAUGUUUUGCCACUCACCGGACACAUGACUUGCGAGGUUUGACCGAGAACGAGCUCAGGGGCGUCCAACACUGGAAGAAGUUCUUUGCCGAUCACAAAACAUACAACAAAGUUGGCAAAGUCUUGCACCACCCGAUUGAUCCUGAAAGCCCGAUACCUGAACAUUGUGAUCCAAAGAAAGAGCAGGCAAGUCAUCCGCCAAAGGGGGAUGCUGAACCGAUCUCGCAUUCCAAGGGUAACUCGGGAAAGCAAAUCCGCGAGGAGUUAUAGUCUACAGGCAGAGCUAUUGAUGUCCGUUAUUAUAAAGAUCAUAGGCACCACAUAGCAUGUGAAUAAGAUA